AUCGAACACCGCCAGUUCCACUAGUGCAUAGUCGGUCGGUCCGUUAAACCCUAAAAAACCUUCGAAUCCAGCUCUCAGCUUCGCUGACUCCAGCACCAUUUCCCUCCUAAUUCUUCCUCACUGCUCUCUCCAUUGAAAUUCUCCCGACCCUUGGGGGCAAGCUUACCGCCAUGUAUCUCUACAGUCUCACGCUUCAGCGAGCCACUGGCGUGGUGGCCGCCAUUAACGGAAGCUUCUCCGGCGGAAAGUCCCAGGAAAUCGUCGUUGCGCGGGGAAAGCUUCUCGAUCUCCUCCGUCCGGACGACACCGGUAAGCUCCAAACCAUUCUCUCCGUCGAAAUCUUCGGUGCUAUUCGCUCCUUAGCUCAGUUCAGGCUUACUGGAUCUCAGAAGGAUUACAUCGUCGUUGGCUCCGAUUCCGGGAGGAUUGUGAUUUUGGAGUACAACAAGGAGAAGAAUGUGUUCGAUAAAGUUCACCAGGAGACGUUUGGAAAGUCCGGGUGCAGGAGGAUAGUUCCUGGUCAGUACUUGGCGGUUGACCCCAAAGGGAGGGCGGUGAUGAUUGGAGCUUGCGAGAAGCAGAAGUUGGUCUAUGUAUUGAAUAGGGAUACAGCAGCUAGGUUAACCAUAUCCUCGCCCUUGGAGGCGCAUAAGUCGCACACCAUUGUUUACCACAUUUGUGGGGUUGAUUGUGGGUUUGAUAAUCCAAUAUUUGCGGCUAUUGAGUUGGAUUAUUCGGAGGCGGACCAGGAUGCAACUGGGCAGGCUGCAAAUGAGGCACAGAAGAAUUUGACUUUUUAUGAACUCGAUUUGGGGCUUAAUCAUGUUUCUCGGAAGUGGUCUGAGCCUGUCGAUAACGGUGCUAAUAUGCUUGUUACGGUUCCUGGUGGUGGAGAUGGGCCAAGUGGAGUGUUGAUUUGUGCUGAAAAUUUUGUCAUCUACAAGAAUCAAGGACAUCCUGAUGUGAGGGCAGUGAUCCCUAGGCGUGCUGAUUUGCCUGCGGAGCGUGGUGUGUUGAUAGUUUCUGCAGCAACUCAUAAGCAGAAGUCCAUGUUCUUCUUCUUGUUGCAGACCGAGUAUGGGGACAUUUUUAAAGUUACCCUAGAGCAUGAGAAUGACAAGGUUUCAGAGAUCAAAAUCAAGUAUUUUGAUACGAUUCCAGUGACAGCCUCAAUGUGUGUGAUGAAAUCAGGCUUUCUAUUUGCUGCAUCGGAGUUUGGAAAUCAUGCUUUGUAUCAGUUUCAGGCUAUUGGUGAGGACCCAGAUGUGGAGGCCUCUUCAGCUACUUUGAUGGAGACUGAGGAGGGCUUCCAGCCUGUGUUUUUCCAGCCAAGGGGGUUAAAGAAUCUUGUUAGAAUUGACCAGGUUGAGAGCUUGAUGCCUAUUAUGGACAUGAAAAUCGUUAAUCUUUUUGAUGAAGAAACACCUCAGAUCUUUACCCUUUGUGGCCGAGGACCUCGGUCAUCCUUGAGGAUUUUGAGGCCUGGUUUAGCUGUAAGCGAAAUGGCUGUGUCUCAGCUUCCUGGUGUGCCAAGUGCAGUUUGGACUGUGAAAAAGAAUGCCAGCGAUGAAUUUGAUGCAUACAUUGUUGUGUCAUUUACUAAUGCAACUCUGGUUCUCUCUAUCGGUGAGACAGUUGAGGAAGUUAGUGAUAGUGGGUUUCUUGAUACUACUCCUUCCCUUGCUGUUUCUCUGAUUGGUGACGAUUCUUUAAUGCAAGUUCACCCAAAUGGUAUUAGGCAUAUCAGGGAAGAUGGGCGUAUUAAUGAGUGGAGAACUCCUGGAAAGAGGACGAUUGUGAAAGUUGGCUCCAAUAGACUUCAAGUGGUUAUUGCUUUAAGUGGUGGGGAGCUUAUUUAUUUUGAGGUGGACAUGACGGGUCAACUAAUGGAGGUGGAAAAGCAUGAGAUGUCUGGAGAUGUGGCUUGUUUGGACAUUGCCCCAGUUCCUGAAGGAAGACAGAGGUCAAGGUUCCUUGCAGUUGGUACAUAUGACAACAUUAUUCGUAUAUUGUCUUUGGAUCCUGAUGACUGCAUGCAGAUCCUGAGUGUGCAAAGUGUUUCGUCAAUUCCAGAAUCUCUUCUAUUCCUUGAGGUGCAGGCGUCUAUAGGCGGUGAAGAUGGAGCUGAUCAUCCAGCUAAUCUCUUCCUCAAUGCUGGAUUGCAGUCUGGGGUUCUGUUUAGGACAGUGGUGGAUAUGGUGACAGGCCAGCUUUCUGAUUCUCGAUCCCGAUUCUUGGGAUUGAGGGCUCCAAAGCUCUUCUCAAUAGCUGUGAGAGGUCGCCGUGCAAUGCUAUGUUUGUCAAGUCGACCCUGGCUUGGCUAUAUUCACCAAGGGCAUUUCCUGUUAACGCCACUUUCGUAUGAGACUCUUGAAUAUGCCGCUUCGUUCUCAUCUGAUCAGUGUGCAGAAGGUGUUGUUGCUGUUGCUGGCGAUGCACUCAGGAUUUUCACUAUCGAGAGGUUGGGUGAAACAUUUAAUGAAACUGCAAUUCCUCUCAGGUACACUCCUAGGAAGUUUGUAAUUCAACCCAAGCGGAAGCUUCUGGUUAUCGUUGAGAGUGAUCAGGGAGCCUAUACAGCAGAGGAACGUGAAGCUGCUAAAAAAGAGUGUUUUGAGGCUGCUGGUAUGGGGGAAAAUGGAACUGCCAACGAGCAGAUGGAGAAUGGUGAUGAUGAAGAUAAAGAGGACCCCCUCUCGGAUGAGCAAUAUGGUUACCCCAAAGCAGAGUCUGAUAAGUGGGUAUCUUGCAUUAGGGUUCUGGACCCUAGGUCAGCUACCACGACCUGUCUGCUUGAACUUCAGGACAGUGAAGCUGCAUUCAGUGUAUGCACGGUUAAUUUUCAUGAUAAGGAACAUGGUGCUCUUUUGGCAGUUGGUACAGCAAAGGGGUUGCAGUUCUGGCCAAAGAAAACGUUAGUUGCUGGAUUCAUUCACAUUUAUAAAUUUGUGGAUGAAGGGAGAAGCCUAGAGCUUUUGCACAAGACACAAGUGGAAGGCGUCCCAGUUGCUUUGUGCCAGUUCCAAGGUAGAUUACUGGCUGGAAUAGGCUCUACACUCAGACUAUAUGACUUGGGUAAGAAGAGGUUGCUCAAGAAAUGUGAGAACAAGCUUUUCCCAAACACGAUUAUUUCUAUUCAGGCCUACCGUGAUCGCAUUUACGUGGGCGACAUCCAAGAGUCUUUCCACUUCUGCAAGUAUAGGCGGGAUGAGAAUCAACUCUACAUAUUUGCUGAUGAUAGCGUUCCAAGGUGGCUUACAGCAUCACAACAUGUAGAUUUUGAUACCAUGGCGGGUGCAGACAAGUUUGGGAACAUCUAUUUUGCAAGAUUGCCACAGGAUGUGUCUGAUGAGAUAGAGGAAGAUCCAACUGGUGGGAAGAUAAAGUGGGAGCAAGGAAAGCUUAACGGAGCUCCUAACAAGGUCGAAGAAAUAGUCCAGUUUCAUGUUGGUGAUGUGGUUAGUAGUGUCCAGAAGGCAUCUUUGAUUCCUGGUGGUGGAGAGUGCAUCAUAUAUGGCACAAUGAUGGGUAGCUUGGGGGCAUUGCUGCCCUUCAAUUCUAGGGAUGAUGUUGACUUCUUCUCACACUUGGAAAUGCACUUGAGACAAGACCAUCCACCAUUGUGUGGAAGGGACCAUAUGGCCUACAGAUCUUCGUAUUUCCCUGUUAAGGAUGUGAUUGAUGGUGAUCUGUGUGAACAGUUCCCCACGUUGCCUAUUGAUGUACAGAAGAAAAUUGCGGAUGAGUUGGACAGAACUCCAGGGGAGAUACUGAAGAAACUCGAGGAAGCCCGAAACAAGAUCGUUUGAGGCAUGUUUGUGCUUUUGUAUGGAUAUGUACGAGUUUGUUAUCUUGGACACGAUGUGCUGCUGGGUCAUGUUAUGCGAUGUAUUCUCAUUUAAUGAGUUGCUGCACCACAAUCAUAGUGGUUUGGAAUCACUUCCCAGAAUGGCUCGAGGAUCAGGUAGGUAGUUUAGUACAAACUUGUAACCCAGGAAUUGGCUGAUUCAAAAGGAAUAGCUUGGGAGGACCCUCACUUGAGAAUUAAGAUGUCAUUGCUAGUGUUGUUGGAAUUGCCAAAAUUUUCUUUUAAUCUCUCUAUUCUAGUCUACAAGAUGUCAGGGUUUGUUACUGAAUAGUCUCUUACAUGAUUCUGUCUUAAAUCUUGAUUACAGUAUGUAAAGUACUUCUUUCGAAACAAACUCUUGCCUCGUAGGUUUCAGUGCUUCUUCCUCAGCCUGUUGUUCGGUUAAAUGAGUUGGCUUCAUGUUUUCUCUUCAUAUUUUUAGGCAAAAUAGUAAAAUAAGUACCCUCCCU